AAAAAACUUGCAAUUGAAAAUGGAUGUGUAUCCAACGUCGUCGCUUCUACUGAUUUUUAUUCCUCCACUUAUACCUUUACCUUCACUGGAUGCUCACUCUUCCUUUCUGUCAAAAAGGAUCGAUUUAUAAGGGUUGGAUGAAUUAUUAACGAAAAAAGCGCAAUAGAAUUGCAGAAUAUUAUAUUGGAUUCAUUUACAUUCCCAAUUCUAACAUACCUUUCAUGUUUUUUCGUUCCUUUCAAUCGUUCCUUCCCGGUGCAAGAUGGAGUGGUCUUCUUAACUCUUUCUCAAUGAAAAAAGCCCAAUUUCUUCCUACUUUACAAGGAUCUAAUGGUUUAGGAAGUGGUUUGUUGCGCUCUUCAUUCCCUGCUUUUGAUGGUAUAGGUAUGCAGCAGCAAGUUCGAUGGAAAACUAUGGGAAACGAAUAUCAACCUUCGAACCGUAAAAGAAAGAGGAAAUUUGGAUUUUUAGCGAGAAUCCGUUCCGUCAAUGGUAGAAAAAUACUAAGAAACCGUCGCAGAAAAGGCAGAAUGUAUUUAACCCAUUAAAAACCACGUUUACUCUUUCAAAUGAUAUCUUUUUUGUCUAAUGAAUUGUGCUUUCUUUCUCCUUUCUCCUGCCCCAUCUCUAGCAUAGGGUUACAUACUUUGAAAUAAAUAA